AUGCUAACCUGCGAGGACCUCGGCGGGCAGGCGGCGCCUCCCGUCGCGAGCUCGCGGCCGCUGGACGUCGAUGGCGACGAGCUGGCGCAGCUCAGGAGCAUGUACGAGCUCGGCCUGACGAGCUCUCCGUCGCCCUUCGCUCGCGUGGACAUCUGCCCCGACUUCGUGAAGGGCGCGUGCCGGUGGGGCUCGUCGUGCAAGCUCGCGCACCGGCACUCGCCUACUGGAACCAACACGCCGUGCGGAUCGGGCGACAGCGACACGAUUGAGGGCAACGCGUCGAUUCCUAACGGCGUUUUCGACAACUCCAUGCACGCGCAGCCCGCGUUCGCCCCCUCAGGCUACCCCGCACAGUUCGGGUGCGUGGAGUCGAAGAACCAGCCCGGAAACGGCGUCAAGCCGGCGAGCUCGCGCACGCUCUGUAUCGACUAUACGCGGGGCAAGUGCCACCGCGGGACGCUCUGCCGCUACGUGCACGACGCGUCCGUCAUGGCGAGCGGGAGCGCGCCGCAGCCCGGCAUCUGCAAGGACGCCCUGCGCGGCUCCUGCUACCGCGGGUCGCAGUGCCGGUUCCUGCACCUCAACAUCACGCCCGAGCGAGGGCCGCACCUGGCGCCCGCGAAACGCGCCAACGGCUCCGGGCCCCAGCGCAUCCCCUUCGCGCCCUACCAGCGGGGGCCGGGGCCGCGGAACCAGUGGCAGGCUCCCGGCCCCGCCCGCCCGGUGGAUGGCAGGCCGCCCGCCGUGCCCGCGGGAUACCCCCCGCAGGCGCUCGCGAUGCUGGAUCGGCUGCCGCUCGGCGACGCGGCCGUGGCGCACGCGCUCUCGACGCAGAUGCAAGCGCAGGACUUCGCGCCGUACGGCCCGCCCGCCGGCGCGCCCCCGCCGGGCGGCGAGUGGCGCCCGCCGUCGACGCAGCACCGCGUCGACCUGCUGGCGAUCGCGCGCAGGCAGGCGGAGCAGCAGGCGUGGGGCCCGAACGGCGCGCCCGUCCCCAUGGAGGGCUGGGCGCCCGCCGGCGCGCUGCCGCCGCAGUGGGGGCAGUGGCCCGCGCAGCCGCUGCCGCCGCCCGCGCAGCUGCACCUGCCGGCGUCGAUCGGGGGCCCGCAGCCCGAGCGGCUCGACGCGGGGCGCGGCGGCUCGAUGACGCCGCCGCACUCGCAGACGCAGCUGCCCGCGACGCAGACGCCGGUCCCGCCUGAGAUGGCCCAGGCGACGGCGUCGGCGUCGGCCAUCCACGAAGAGCUCAGGAGACUCAUGUCCCUCACCUAG